AUGUUUAUGUUUGUUUAUGUUCAGUGUUCGGUUCUGUGGACGAUCGUGGUGGCUUCCCCACGGUAUCCCGAUGAGAGACCCUUCGCUAGGAGCGCAAUUGAAACAGUACCAGAUCAUGAUCCAAUAGCUCUCCCUAUUCGAUCGUCAGUUGAAAGUAUACCCCUCAGACUUCUUGAAGAGAGUGAAGGGAGGCUGCCGUUGCGAGAUGCUGUGGAAAAACCGCCUAUUCCUAUACCGGACUCUGAUUCGUUAUAUAAAUAUCUGAAGAACAUUGAAGAGACGAAAGACGACGUUGAGAAUGUGAUGCAAAAGAAUAAUUAUUAUGGUGCCGCAAGUUACUUAAACAAUGGUUCGCGUACAGAUGAGAAAUUGCAGCAUGGUAAUGAAAAUCUCGAAGCUAUGCAGCAGACAAGUGACCAAAACGCUAGAAAGCUGGUUGUGUGUUAUAUUGAGUCUCAAGCAGCGUACAGAGCUCCACCCCUUGCCUUCACUGGAGGUCUCGUGCCAAAAUCCUGCACUCAUUUACAUUACGCCUUCGCUAAGCUCCAUCCACACACAUACGCCGUUAUACCCGGCAAUGAAGACUAUGAUGUUAUCAAAGGUGGUUACCGAAUCGCUACAGGCUUAAAAGGACGUAUCCCGGGACUUAAAGUUAUCAUUAGUGUCGGUGGCGAUGGUACCGAUCGUUUAUUUAGUGAAAUGGUACAAGAGCCCUACAGACGAAACUCAUUUAUUGAUAGCGCUCUCGCAUUUUUGCAAGAACAUGAUUUUGAUGGUCUCGACCUUCAUUGGGUUUAUGCAGGUGACAAAGAUGACAAAGAGAAAGAACUUUUGGUUUCAUUGCUAUAUGAACUUCGGGAGAAAUUUUCUUCAUACGGCUAUCUCCUAUCCACUGUUUUACCUCCUUUUAGAUACCAAAUCGAAGACGGGUACGACCUAAGUGCCGUCAGUGGGGCAACCGACUAUACAAUUUUGCAAGCCUGGGAUAUGACACAUGCAAAGCGUGAUGAUCCGCCGACACGAGCUCUUCAGCACAGCGCUCUCAAUAGAGAUCCUGGAGCGUCUGGCAGGGAUCAGAGAUAUGAUAACAUAGAAUUUGUGGUGAAAUACAUUCUUCGUCACGGAAUGGCUGCUGAUAAGCUAGUACUGGGCAUACCAUUAUUUGGACGCAGCUACACCCUUGCAUCAUCAACGAUGUCAUCACCAGGAGCAGCUAUUGUUGGAUGGGGUGAUGAAGGCCCCUACACUCAAACUAAAGGCAUGCUAGCAUAUUUUGAGAUAUGUAUGAAUGAACGAGAAGGUAAAGGAUUUAGCGAAAUGGAUGAGGCUGGUAAUACAUAUUAUGUUUUUGAAAAUCAAUGGGUCAGUUACGAUAAUCCAAACACUGUUUUAAAAAAGAUGAACUUCGUGACAAUGACGGGAUUAGCGGGGGCAGCUGCUUGGGCUAUUGAUAGGGAUGAUUUCCGCGGGUUAUGCGGUUCGCCAUUCCCAAUUUUAAGUGCAAUAUCAACAAGUCUUAACGGAGAGAGCACUCUAUCUGAUCAGUCAUCUCUUAAAGUUGGUUCAUGUGAAUCUUCUAUGCCCUACUUGGCAUCCGACCAAGAAUCUUGCGCGCAUUUCCAUUUCUGCACAGGAGGAAUAAAUUAUCGAAUGAUCUGCGAGGAUGAAAGGCUAUAUGACCCGUCCACCGGCUUUUGUGGGCAUCAAGAUGUUGCGAAGUGUGUUCCUGGACAAAGUUUAAGGAUAAGUGUAGACGACGCUGCAAGGUUUUUGAACCAAGCUUAUGAAAGUGACUUUGAAUGGAAUGCUAAACCUCAUUCGGAAACUUUAGAUAAAGAAAAUGAAGAAUUAAUUUCCUCAUAUCAAUCGGAAACCAAAAUCAGUAGAGGAAACGACAAGCGCGUCAUAUGCUACAUGACGAGUUGGGCUUUCUAUAGAAGAGGAGACGGAAAAUUUGUUCCUGAACAAAUCGACACUAGGCUUUGCACUCAUGUUGUCUACGCGUACGCCUCCCUGUCACAUGAUGAACUUUUGGCUAAAGAAUUCGACCCUUGGGCUGACAUCACGAACAAUCUAUAUGAACGUGUGACUUCACUUAAUGAUGUAAAAGUGAUGCUCGGUCUGGGUGGCUGGACUGAUUCUUCUGGUGACAAAUAUUCACGUUUGGUAUCAUCGCCAACAGCACGAACAAAAUUCUGUGAGAAAAUCGUUAGGUUCUUGCGUAUGCACAACUUCAAAGGUUUACAUUUAGACUGGAACUACCCAGUGUGCUGGCAAAGUAAUUGUAAAAAAGGUGCAAAAUCUGACAAAGCUAACUUUGGAAUUUUUGUAAAGGAAUUGGCCAAAAACUUACACGCCGCUGAUAUGGAACUUGGUGUUGCACUAUCUGGUUAUAAAGAGGUUAUUGAAUCGGCUUAUGAUUUGCCAACAAUAUCUGAUGCAGUUGACUUUAUGAGUGCUAUGACGUACGACUAUCAUGGUGGAUGGGAACGUACCACCGCUCACCAUACCCCAAUUAGGCCACUGAAAAAGGAUUCGUUGCCUUACUAUUCUAUUGAAUAUGCAAUUAAAGCUUUGAUAGGGGGCGGUGUGGACCCUAAAAAAUUAAAUCUUGGCUUAGCAUUCUAUGGACAGUCGUUUAGACUUACUGAUAUGGAAAGCUCAAGUGGACCGGGAUCGCCAGCUGCAGGUCCUGGAGAACCGGGAGAGUUCACUAAACAACCAGGAAUGUUGGGAUAUUAUGAAAUUUGUUAUAGAGUUAAACAUUUGAGGUGGAAAACUGGGCGUCAAACGGAUGCCGGUCCCUAUGCUUACUCAGACAAUCAAUGGGUCGGUUUUGAUGAUCCAAAAUCGAUUACUGAAAAGGUGGAAUGGGCGCUUAGUCAGGGUUUGGGCGGUGUAACAGCAUGGGCUGUGGAUUUGGAUGAUUUCACCAACCGUUGCUGCCUAGAGCCGUCUCCAUUGUUGCGUGCUGCAGGUAGAGCUCUGGGUCGCUCCGUGCCAUCACCUCCUUCUUCGUCUUGUGAGAGACCACCGGAGCCUGUCACACCUGCACCCCCCACUACCACUCCCGCAGAAUCUGAUGGAUCCAUAUCGGGUGGAGGUGACCAUGGAAAUCACGGUAAUCACGAUCAACAUACUUCAACAACUUGGCCGGGUUGGAAUCCCAGUUCCACCACACAGAGCACACUCCAAACAUGGUGGCCCCAAACUACAACUCCAAUGACAACGACUUCUAAAAAACCAACAACUACCACACGACGAACGACCACAAGUUCAACUACUACAGAACCACCGUUAAUGGACCCAGGAGUUGAAGUAGAAGGAGCAGUAUGUGAACCUGGUGAAUACCAUGCAGCAGCAGACGAUUGCGAGGGUUACCUGCAGUGCGAAUCAGGACACUGGCGCAAACACCGUUGCGCACCCGGCCUUCAUUGGUCUUCUAAAGCUAACCGUUGUGACUGGCCGAGCUUUGCCAAGUGCACUCCUUCUAAGCCCAGCGAAGCAAGUACAACAACUACAACAUUAGCACCAAUGACGUCGAGACCACCGCCAAAGCCUACUACAACACGAAGAACGACAACAAGCUCUACUACUACUACUACCACAACUACCUCAACUGCUAAACCGACUAUGACGCCGGCUGGAGAUGACGGUGCAUCAGAAGGUGGUUCUUGUAAUGGUGAAGACUACCAUGCGGUAUCUGGGGAUUGCAACUCCUACUUGCACUGUGAUGGCACCACGUGGCGACUACAGAAAUGUGCUCCUGGACUACACUGGAGCAAACAACAAAAGCACUGUGACUGGCCACGAUAUGCUAAUUGUGAAGGAUCAACACCGAAAACUACUACGGCAGCACCUAAACCUACCCGGCCUGCAACGAGACCUACUUCAACUUCCACAACAAUGGGUGACACCAAUAUCUGGCCCAGUAGAAGGUGGAGAGUGUACUUCCACACAAGUAUACGCAGCAGCAUCAACCUGUGA